ACAUUAUCUUCCACUGAAUAUGAUUGGAGAUUGUGGCAUAGCCAUGAGAAAAAAAAAACAUUUUGUGUUGCUGUGCUAAAUAAUAGUUAAUUUUAAAUACUAAGUUACCAGUCUUUUGUAAUUAAAUUAAGAUGUAACUCAUUCCCUAAGAAUACAAAAUACUGAGGCUGUUUGAUUCACAUUCUUAAAUAAGCUGGAGCAAUAAUUCAGUUUUGCCUUGAAUCAACUACCUUUUUUGCUGCUCAAUACUUUAUCUUUGGAAGUUAAUAUUUUCUGUGCAAGCUUAAUAUGUUUUGCACAAUGGUAAGUUUUUUUUUUUAAUUCUACCCAAGCACAGUCAUCUGUUUUCUGCCUGGCAUCUUCCCAAUUCUGGAGGGUCUGAUCAGAAGAUAAGAGAAAGUGGAAAGAAGGGCAGAGAAUUAAUAUCAAUAAAAAGACUUGGAAGUGGGAAAAGAAAUCCAGAAAAAAGUGGGCUUUAAAACAAAGCAUAGGUAUUGUGUUAUGCAGCAUGAAAAUGGGCGAUUUAAAGCUUUAAACAAACUCCUCAGGAGUUUUGUUUGAACAAUGUUUAAACUGUAUUUUCCCUCAUCACACAAUUUAAACAUAAUGCUUUUCUUAAACAUAUUGCAAACCAUAUUACUAUAUAAAUGUGUUUAAUAAAUACAUUUAGUAAUAUGUAAGAUACAGUGUCAUAUUGAAACUUGGCUCAAAGAUUGGCUCUUUGGAACUUUUUGGGCUUGUUGAAUGUGGUAUGAUGAAUAAUAGUGAAGUGCCCCCAAGUUUAUAAAACUAAAGUGUUGCUUCUCCCAUUUGUUUGCUUGGGGCAGUCUUCCCAUAGCAUAGCGCCUUUCAGAGAUAUUGGUCUUUCUCUGUUGGGUCACAGACUAAUAAUUAAGUAAGCAUGAGCUUUGGAAGUUAGAGAACUGGAAAGUGGGUACACCCAUAAAUCUGGAUGCCAAAGAUGUGAAAUGAUAACCCUUUAAAUUUUGUGUUUAAGAUUACAUUGAUAAUUAGCUGUGAAAGCAAACCAAAUGAUGGACUUGAGCCUUGAGGUAGUUUAUAAUUUCUGAAAUUUCACUUCAAUCAUCAUUAGAGAGUGCUUUAAUUAAUCUCAUUAGUUUGUAGCAAAGAAUCUGAAGCCUCGCCUUGUAAAAUUUGAAAGAAAUUCUUUUGAGUAAUUUCACAUUCAGUUGACAGAAUUAAAAGGAAUAUUUUUGUACUAGAAAGUAUUUUCAGAGAGAGAAAUGUAGUGAGCAUCUUAAUGUCAACUUUAGGUAAAUUCAUUGAUAAACAGUAUUAAGGCUUCUUUAGUUUUUCUGUUUUCUACACUGUAUUACUUUUAUGCCAGAAGUGUAAUUAUAGUACUUUUUUAUUUCACAACAAAAUAGUGAUGUUCACAUAGUAUUCUUUAAGAACACAUCUCUUAUUCUAGAGAUGUCCACUUUCUUUGAGGGAUGAGGGAAUAGUGGGGGAACUGUAUUAGUUCUAUCAGCAUGAAUAUUCAAUAUGCAGCUCCAAUAAAGGAGAAUAUUUGUAGCUCAGGUUGAAAUGAGGUAUUCUUGGUGCUUUUUGAGCUUGGUUAUUUUCUUGUAGAUGUUUCAUUAGGUAAACUAGGAAACAUCAGUGUAAUAGCAGUGCAAUACCAUUGAUGAUGUCACCUAGUUUGGGUAAUGAAAUAUCUGCAAGGAAGCAAGCUCAGAGAGCACCAGGACUCCUGGGAGUGCAGCUCUACAAAUGUGGCUGAGCAUACUCAAUAAUAAGAAACACUGGGGGUUGUACAGUGAUGUUUAAAAGUUUGUGAAUCCCUUUCAGUUUUCAGAAUUACUCCAUAAAUAUAACCCAAAACAAGUCCUAAAUCUAGAUAAAGAGAACCCAAUUAAACUAAUGGCCAAAAGUAUUUAUUCAUUUAUUUAUGGAAAAGAAUGAUCUAAGGCCACAUGUGUUUGUGGCAAAUAUGUGAACCUUUGCUUUCAGUAACUAGUAUCCUCCCCCCCCCCCAUGUUUCUUUUCACAAUUUAGCCCUCGGAAAUCAGUUAAAACUCGUAUGCCAUAGGUUAAAAAAAAAAAGUCUGAUGGCAAUGUGAACAGGUAAAAAAGUGGUGUGGUAAAAAAGUGAUUUAGUAUUAUAUUUGCCUUCUCCUGUGGUAAAAAAGUGAUUUAGUAUUAUAUUUGCCUUCUCCUGUCCUUGGCUUCCUAGUGUCAGCAUGCCAGUAUUUAACUAUAAAUUCAUCUUCAGAAUUACAGGAGUAGAUGUUAAUAACUGCAUUAAAAUUGAUGCUAUUUAAACAUUUGUAUGUGUAUUUUUAAAAGCUUGGUUCUUGUUUGUAAACCUUCAUGUUAAUUGGGAUAACUGGGAGCUGUUCUAUCUCAUCUACAAUGCAACAGGAUGAGAGAGACUAUUACAGGUUAAUCAGCAAAAGAGUAUGGGAAGAGAACACAAUCAUGUCUUGGUCCUCCCAACUUUCUGCAAUUAAAGUAUCCUGCUUAUCUGAUUAAAAACUUCAGUGAGCUUCUUCAUGUUUACUGGCAGAGGAUUUGCGCUUGGCAUCUUUGGAAGCAGAAACCAUCCUUGAAGCUGGGGAAUUCCUGGAAACAAUGCAAGACUACUUAGACUCUUCUGUCAUUUCCAUCAUUGAAGAUUUCAGCAGUUUGACUGAGGUAAAAAGCCACAUGGAUGCAGAGAAUGAACUUUCCCUGUUGACGGCAAUAACAGAUAUUCUUGAUAGCACGGAUGAUGAGACUCUGUCUCCCUUUGAUCCUAUUCCUGAAUCUGAAUUGCUAACAUCACCCAGAGAAAUUGAGAAUUCUUCGUUUCAGAGAUUUCUUAGUUUUUCUCUGACACCCGAUGAACAAGACUUACACAAUAUUGAGGAUUUCCAGGAGCCUGGACUGUGCACCAUUAUGUCAAAGAAGGUUGAAGCCAGUACUCCCGGCAUUCCCUUCUCAUUAUCUUCAAGUUGUCCCAAACUUUCAUUUUUUUCAAACAAUGUGAGUAACAAAGCAUUCUGGGAGGAACAGAAGCUCUUCAAGAAUAGAGAACAAGAAUCACCUGUGCUACAGAGCAGUGAUGGAGAGGAAGAGGAAAAAGAGGUCACACGAGGAUGCAGGGAAAGUUUUACGGCAGUUGUGAAGGAGAUGGAACCUGAGAGAGACCUUGAUGAAUGUGAUGAUCCCUAUAUCAUUGCCGCAGAAAAUAUUUCCCUUGAUGAAUUAGUGAGAUCAGUGCACUCUUACUGCCAGCCCACCCUCACUGUAUGCCUGACUUCUGAUAAUCAGUCCCUCACUGAGAAGAAUCUCACAGGCCCACUUGUCUUAGAAAUAAUGCCUGAUGGUGGAGAGAUCAUGAUGGGAAAAGAAUUGCCUGAGCUUGACUCGUACAAACAAGAUGGGAAGGUAGUUAAUGCUAUCCUUCCAAACAUAAAAGACGGUCAUCUACAGAUAGAGGACACUCAGAAAUCAACAGAUAAUCAAAACAAUACACCUGUGCCUGCCUCAGUGGCUCCAAAAAAUGCCUCAAAGAAGGAUCAGGUAUCUACAAAUAUUAAAAAGAAGAAGAGAAAGAAAUCCAGAGAGGAAGCAAAGUAUCACAAGACCAUAAACUGCCAACAAGUGUCUGCUUGUCCUCAAAUGCAGACCAGGAUUGAUGCAAAGAAAUCUAUGACAGACUCUAGUUUUCAAAAAAAAGAACUAGAGAAAACUGGAAGGAAAAAAUUGCUCCUAAAUCAAGUAUCUCAGACAAAGGAAAUGCUUGAAACUCAAGUAGAAUGUGUGAGAGAGGAAGGUUCCAAAAAUCCACUUCUGUCAAGCUUAGUAAGUGCAAGGAAUGUGCCAUAUGCAGAGGAGCUCACACAAAAUCUAGGGAAUGCAGACCUUGUGCCUAUAGUCCAGACGGAUGUCCCAGGAGAACCCCAUGAAAAAAGCCAGUUCCUCCUACCAAUGAUUGAAAUAUCUAGCUCAGAACCUUCCCAAAUGCUCCCUGGUUGCACUACGAAUCUUACAGGACAGCCUACCAAGGAUACACCUUCCUGUGAAAAUCAGAAACUCAUCUGCCCUCCGAGGGAAACUAAACCUCGGCCUCUCAGCUUGAGUGAAUACAGGCAGCGCCGGCAGCAGCACCCAUCUAAUAAUGACGGUAUCCAGAACACCAGAGAGAACCGGAGUGCCAGCAAGUGGCCCAGUGUUCCCAAUUUCCCUACAGAGUUGGCUGACCUUCCUUGCCUGAGAGCUUUGCCACCCACCAAAGCUGCACCACCUAAACUUGCAAAGGAACCUGAAAAACCUGCCGCCUUCCCCACUACUCUUGCCCCUGAUGACAAAGCAAGUGCCGUGACCCUUUCCAUGCUCUCUUCCGCUACAACUCUGAAACAAAGAGAUCCUCCAUCUUCGCAGAAUGUCUGUGGAGGUUCUCAGUCUCCAACUUCGCAGCUUCCUUCACCUACACCUAUUGCUGUAGUGCCUGCUAGUAAAGUAUGUGCUUUUUCUCACAUUGGGCCACAAGUGCCUCCAGCAUUGUCCGUACCUCAUGUGCCACCAGCCCGAGAUACUUUCCUAUCAGCUCCUCCUAACCACUACAAUUUGGGCUCAUCCCAACCAGCAGGAUCUUCAUGGUCUCACUUUGCUCUUCUACCAGCUAAUUACCAAAGUUUGCCACCUCCACCACCUCUUACUGAAGCUUGUUCUCCUGUCUUCCAUACAGUCCCCCCCUUACUCCCUCCAACGUGGCCUCCCCCACCUGUUCCUUUGCCUUUUGUUCCAGCCCUGCCUUAUGGCUCUGUUGAGUGGGCACCACUGCCACAGUCUUCCUACUGGUCUGGAAUACCAGUGCCACCUCCAGUGUUGCCUAUCCCAUAUGGAGAUCAAGGAAGUCUGAGGCAAAGUCCUCAGGUUGGCACUUUACCUGCUUCAUCUCUUUCUGAUGGAUUUCCUGGCCAGCAAAGUACAGCUUUAGCACCAGAGUCCUCCUGUACUGGAUUUAAAAAUAUGGUUAGUAAAAGUCAAAGCCUGCCUGUCCAGAUAUGCCAAGUAGAAGCUCCUUCAGCAAUCAGAGCAGCUCCCAGAAAAAUAUAUGAUCCAAGAAGACAAACACAGCUCUCUACGGUUCAAUCCCAAACUGAAAUAAUUGCCAACACUUCUCAGUCAUUGGAGAAACUGCCUUUGUCACCAUCAGUUGAUGAGCCUUCAAAAGAAAUAGCAUCGACUCAGCACAGGAGCAAAAGUUCUGCCCUGCAGUCCUUAGGGGUGCCCCUUCCUGUGCCUCCUUCUCAUCAAAUACUGGGAGAAUCUGCUGGUAAACUGAAGCUCUCAAAAGAAGACUUUCAGCCUAUAGAGAAGAACCCUGAACUCUCUGACUUUGUAGAAACUACUACUGUUACUGUGGCUCAGAACAACAAGAAGCCACCAGCAGAGGAACAUUCUUUCCUUUCAGUUUCCUUGGCACCUGGAAAACAAAAGGAGCCAGCUGAAAUCCAAUCAGAUGUCACAGAACAUGCCCUUGUUGCUCCUAAUCCCUUAACAUUAUCAGGGCCCCAGAAAGUACAGAAAAAUGGCCAUCUUUCCAAGAAAACAUCAUCAUCCAUGUGGAAAAACCAGCCUUUCAUCAACUCUGUACAGCAUAAGCAUGAUAAAGAUCUUGUUCACUCAUUUAUCAAUGAGAUUGGAAUUGAGGCUUCUGACCUAUCUAGCCUGCUAGAGCAAUUUGAAAAGAUUGAAGCCAAAACAGAAGCAUCUACUGUAUUAAAGAAAAAUAAAUCUACAGGGAAUAAUGGGUCUGAGUUACAAUGGGAAAAGAAAAUGGUGGACCGGCUUCAUGCACCAGAGCUCAUCAAUGUUGCAGGUUUGACUCCUCCAGCCACUCCACCCCAUCAGCUGUGGAAACCUUUGAUACCUGUCUCAUUACUGGGACAGGAUGGGUCCCAAAAAGAUACCAGGCUUUUGAAAUCCCUAAACAAAUUCCACUGGAAAGCUGUAACCCCUGUCCACGUAGGCUCUGGUGAGCAUGACUAUUGUCAACUAACUGUUGCUCAGCCAAAGGGAGGUGCCAGAUGGAAUGUUAAACAGAACUUGGAUAUUACUAUAAAACCUAUUAAGACCCUAACAAGACAAGUGCUAGAUCAAACCUCUGCUGAUAUAAAAAGGCCCCCUGCUGCUGUUAGAUUGAAUCCUGUAGUUCCUACUUGUCAGAAUCGUGGAGAAUUUGCCAACCAUGUUAAUUCCAACAAGGGCCAGACCAAAGAUUCCAGGACUGUUAUGGCUGACUUGAAACCUACUAUGCCAAGUUCAGCAUUGUUGGAGACCAGUCAUAUACAUCCAUGCAAAGAGGCAUUGGACCAUCGGACUACUAUUCCAAGGUCCAUGACUGGGGGCAAUGAUGAUCCAUGCUCUGUACUGCUGUCACCGGCUGCAUCCCCUUGCCGAGAUUCAGGAGAAUCAUCAUUACAGCAACUUCAGGAGAUACAGGAGAAACCUCUCGCUUCGAAAAGCUCCUUAAGAUGCUACCGGAGCAGACAGAGAUCAGCUAGUCCAGAAAGCCACAGGGGCAGAAGCCGACGAAACCAUGCUAGCCGGUCCUUCAGUUCAAGCUCUGAUGGUGACAGUGAUACUUCAUCAUCGUCGUCGUCGUCGUCAUCUUCUUCGUCACAAUCACGUUCUCGGUCUCCACCAUCCAAACACUGGCGAAGAUGUCGUUCACGGAAUUCCAGCUCUUCUUCCACUAAAUGGAGCCAUUCAAGGGGCAGGUCCCGCUCUCCCUCCAAUUCCUCUUACAGAUCACGAUCAUCCUCCCGGUCCCCUUCUCUGCACAGAAGGAAUAGCUACAGGAAAAGCUAUAAUUCCAGAAGUUCCUAUGAACGUUACCAAAGGCAGAAAAACAAAUAUAAAGAACGUGCAAUCGAGGAACGCCGCGUUGUCUUCAUUGGUAAGAUCCACAACGGGAUGACACGAUCAGAGUUGCGACAUCGUUUCUCUGUUUUUGGGGACAUUGAAGACUGCACACUGCACUUCCGGGAGCAUGGGGAUAACUUUGGCUUUGUGACUUAUCGAUACGCUGAAGAUGCCUUUGCUGCUAUAGAAGGUGGACAUGCACUGCUUCGUCCUGAUGAACAGCCCUUUGAUCUGGGUUUUGGAGGACGUCGACAGUUCUGUAAAAGAAGCUAUGCUGACUUAGAUUCCAGCCAAGAUGACUUUCAACCUGCCCUUCUGAAAAAUAAAUACGAUGCUCUUGACUUUGACACCUUAUUGAAGCAGGCUCAGCGAAGUCUGAGGAGGUAGUGCUAGUUCUCCCAGGCUCAGUUGCCCAGUAGGCAUGUGCCUACACCAGCCUUACCUCAGAUUGAUUGCAGGGGCAAACAGCCCCCCUCCGGCCCAGCUCCGUAUCCAGCAUGAUUUUUUAAUGAAAUACAAACAUAAAAAAAAAUAUUCUGAGUUUUUCCUAAAAGCUAUUUAAGGGAAGGACCUUUGUUUAACGUGGGAUAGGAAUGGAAAUACAUUGACAAUUUCUAGUCCACUUAAUUGCUAUGCAGACAAUAAAAUUCCAACUACAGACUUAACAAAA